UCACGUGAAGACGCGGAAGUAAGUAACUCAUUCGCGAGCGCUUGUCAUCUUUGUUUUUAGCCAUUUUUUGGAUCUUGUAGAAGUUAGUAACAGCGACUUCUCUUCAGGAUGGCUCUCCCAACCCAGCUGAAAGCGAUCCAGCACCAUUUAAGAACAGCACAGGAACUCGAAAAAAGAGACCCGGUCGUCGCUUAUUACUGUCGACUUUAUGCCAUGCAGACGGGAAUGAAACUAGAUAGCAAAACUCCAGAGUGCCGGAAGUUUCUUGUGAAACUAAUGGAUCAGUUGGAAACGAUGAAGAAGGAGCUCAGCGACAACGAAUCCAUCUCGCAGGAAAUAGUUGGCAAUGCCCAUGUUGAGAAUUACGCUAUAAAAAUGUUCCUCUAUGCAGACAGUGAAGAUCGAUCAGGACGUUUCCACAAGAAUAUGAUCAAGUCCUUCUACACCUCAAGUCUUCUGUUUGAUGUGUUGAGUGUCUUUGGCGAAUUAUCUGAAGAGAACAUCCAACACAGGAAGUAUGCCAAGUGGAAGGCAGCCUACAUCCACAACUGCCUGAAGAAUGGCGAGACUCCGCAGCCCGGUCCUAUUGGAAUGGAGGGGGAAGCAUAUGAUGAUGAGUUUGGCGCCGAGGGUGGUGGUCCUUCACAAGCCCCUUACGAUCCACCCCAAUCCCAGCCUUCUUUCCACGGCCAUCCAUCAAACCAACCCCCAGCAUCCAAUUUCAGUAAUAUUCAGAUACCUCCUGGGUCUCACGCCCCAGCCAAUACACCUGCAGAUAUUCCCCAUCCAGAAGCACAGCCCAUCAAACCAGUGCCUGUUCCACGAGCCAUGCCAGUGGUCGAUCCUUCGCUUCUAAACAUUACCCAGGAAGGAGACUUGCGGCUCACACCAGAAGACUUUACUCUGGCUCAGAAAUACUGUAAAUAUGCAGGCAGUGCACUGCAAUAUGAGGAUGUGGCCACUGCCGUCCAGAAUCUGCAGAAGGCCCUGAAGCUUUUAACCACUGGCAAAUAAUGAAACCAUUGUGCUGUCCCCCUUAAAACCACUUUAUCAGAGAUCUGGCCCAGAUGAACUGAAAAAAGGGCCAUUUCCCCAGCCCCAUCUGUAUCGAAAAGAGACGCUCCCCAGGACACUCUCACAUCACUCAAUACAACAUCUGUUUCGGUCAUAUUGGAUGUCAAUAGCUUUUCAUUACUAGACCACUGAGACAAAGAUGCGACACUAAUAACAUCAGGUGCAUGUGAAAGACCCUUUCAAAUUCUGAGGAGUUAAUACAUAUUAAUGGUUUGAAGUUUUCUGGCUUCGCAACUAUUUGGUAUUUGGACAUGACAGCAUGUCUCAAGAUAUCUAUUAAACCAGAACUCUCAUCUUUUCCUCAGGCUCUCUGAAACAUGAGCAUUAGAGUGACUUUGCUCUUAACUACUUUUACUACUUUCUGUUCACUCCUAUGUAUAUGCUUAAGGUGGAAGGUUUUUGCCGUUAGUGAAGCGUUAUUAUUAUGAUCAACAAUAAAUCUUUUUUUUGACUCUUA